AACACAACAGGUAUCGUAAUCGAAAGAAUUUCAUAUCUCAAAAUGUAAUGGCAGCGUGCUCCUUUGAUCAUACUUUUCUUUAUGUGGCUGCUGGAUGGGAGGGAUCAGCAUCUGAUAUGUCAGUACUCCGUGCAACACUGGAAGAUGGUAAAUUUAAUGUUCCUGAAGGUCACUUUUACUUAGUUGACUCAGGAUAUGCUAAUACUUCAAAAUUUAUCGCCCCAUAUCGUGGAUCACGUUAUCAUCUUGGAGAUUUUGCAAACAGGACCACCAGAGCCUAUCGAGAUACUAAAGACAAAUAUAAUCAUAGACAUGCACAACUACGUAAUGCAGUGGAAAAAGCAUGGGGAAUUUUAAAGCAAAGAUUCAAAAUUUUGAAAGUUGCUGCUCCAUUUCCUUAUAAAACUCAAGUCAAAAUCGUUGUAGCUUGUUGUGUUCUUCAUAAUUUUAUUGCAAGGCAUCAGGGAAAUGAUAAAUACUUUAAUAUGCUCAAUGGAUUAGAGAUGAAUGAGGAUGAAGAUGAGGUGGAGGAGGAAGAAGACCCCCAAUACAUGGUUGGUGCAGAUGAAAGUUUAAGGGGUGAGCAGCUUCGCAACAGGAUUGCUUUACAGCUUUGGAAUAAUUGAAAUAUGUAGUUGUCGAAUAUUGAAGUAUA